AUGUCUUUAGCUCCGUUUUACACCGAUUUAUAUCACGACAAUCCAUUCUACGAUCCCUUGUUUGAUUUGAGCCUACCUUUUGGCGUUUUUACCACUGGUAUGUCGCCUUUCGACUAUGAUGUCUUUGACUAUAAUGGCAAUCGCGACAAUGCUCGUGAUUACGGAAGUCGUGAUAAUCGUGGACAAGGAAAAUCGGGCAAUGUUAAUCGCGGCGAUAAUUGGGAUCGCAACAGGAGGUCCAUCCCAGUUUCGGAGAGAGUCAAGCAUACCGAUUCUAAAAUUAUGACUGAGCGUGAAGGCGAUGCGGUUUGGCGUCCUGCUAGCGAUGUGUAUGAAACUCGCGAGGCCUUUAUCGUGCACAUUGAUUUACCGGGCGUCCCUAGGGAGGACAUUUCCGUUGAUCUCCGGGGACGUGAAUUAGUAAUUUCUGGCGAAGCUAAACAACGUAGUUAUGAAGCUGCUACUUCUCGCGUGAGAGAAAGGAAGGUUGGAAAGUUCAGGAAAUACAUUUUCCUUCCGAAAUAUGAAAAUUUGGAUAAAGAUUGCGUUGAAGCUAAGUAUCAGGAUGGUCUCCUGGAAAUCAAGGUGCUUAUCAUUGUCGCUAAUUGA